CCGUGUGCGGAAGGGGGCGUGGAGCGCGGGCCUCGGCCAGGCCUGAGAGGCCCGUAGGGUUUGACGCUGUGGCUGCAUGGACAGCCUAUCGCUCUGCCGCUGGCGGCGGCGGAGGGCGGAGGAUCUGCAGGUUCAGGGGGACGUGAAACGGGCAUGCAGGAGAUUAGAAGCCAGUGGGCACGAGCGUGGCUGCCACCAGGUGAACACCUGUGUCCUGGCGUCGUGGGGCCCAGACGACCGGGAGCCUCCAUCAGGAGGCUGCCCCCCAGCACUGAGGCCAGAGAGUAGCCAGGGCAGGCUAAGUACAGGGAUUUCUCAGAAUGGUGGAAGGAGCUCAGCCCAGCCUUGCCCAAGAUGUAUUGCAGGGGAAUCUGUACUCAGGGAGAAGCGGAGAGCUAGCCACAGCCAGGGCUCUGCCCGUGAAGGAAAAAUGGCUUCAGCAAAAAGGGUAGGGGAUGUGGGGUGCAGUUCUCUCCUCCCCCAGUCUACAGAGAUGUACCGGAGGUGAAGGCAUCAAUCUUGGUAUUUCACGUGAUGGUCCCGGAUGGAGUGAGGUGUGUUCCUGUUGGCCCUGCUGUCCUUGCUGGCUCCACAGAAAGGUCAUGGAGAGCCCAGCGAGGAAGGCUUCCAAAAAGGAAAGGGGGACGUUUUGAGGGAGUUCAUGCAUGGUGGCAGAUCCCGUAAAGAAGCCAUUGCAGUGAGAGAUGAAAGAAGGGCUGAGGCCACACACGUGUGCCGCAAGGGUGCAGAGAAGGCGCUGGGCAGCAGGUGCAGCCAGAAGCAGCUGGCCCUGGGCCGUUUUCAUCCCAGGGUUAGAAGCAAAGAAAAACUCCCUCUUCAUAAACAUCGUUCUCUUGCUCUGUGGAAUUGUAUUUUACCAAAAGUGGAAAAGGGUUUUUCCAUUAUUGCUGAUCAAAUGACUUUUCAAGCCUGACCAAACAGGAGGCAAGGCAUUUUAAUUGUCCACAGUAAGACUCACAGUCGAGGCACAAUGAGCCUGAAGCUCCUCAUCAGACCUGCCUCUGGUGGCUGGUGUGGGCCAUCUGUGAGUCCCAGAGUCCGAGGACUUGAGGUCCUACUGGCCCAGCCCCGGUCUAGAUUGGGGUCAGUACGAGGCUUCUCUUUGGGUGUCACUGAGGGCUGCUUGCUUUGAGAGAGACAGAGACAAACUGGGACGUGUCAAGAAGAGAGAGUAGGAUUAUGUGGGGGCUUGAGAUCAUGCCAGGGCAGAAGGUUUAAACAAGCAAUUUCUAAAGGUUCUUUUGUGUCUACGAGAGAGUAGAAUGAUGCGGGGGCUUGAGAUCACACCAGGGCAGAAGGUUUAAAGAGCAAUGUCUAAAAGCUUCCUUUGUGUCUUAAGAUUCUGGGUCUUGGCCAGCUGCAUUGGCUCACACCUGUAAUCCCAAGACUUUGGGAGGCUGAGGCGAGUGGAUCGCCUGAGGCCAGGAGUUCUAGACCAGCUUGACAACAUGAUGAAGCCCUGUCUCUACCAAAAAAGA